AUGUCGCAGCGCGCAGCGAAGCCCAACCAUGACUCACCUCCAGUGAUCAAGCAUUUCGGCGCUACCAAACCCGCGAAGAGCCUGUCGUCCGUGCUAACCCUAUCGUGCAAACCUCCGUUACAAGAUCACCCACCGAAUCCUCCGCCGAACCGCGGCGCGCACCCAGAAUGCCGCAAGUCGUCGGGCCAGCAGAGGUUCCUGCAUUGUCUGGAGGAGAUUAAAGAGGCCGAAACCAACCGCACCGCGUUUCCUACCAGACUAUCUGUCCCAUCAUGGUCCCCAACGGCCGUGGAUCAUCAUGGUCCGGCGAUGAACCCGUCGCCAAGCGAUGGUAACGGUCGCUCAUCGUCGUCGUCACUGUCGCCUGCGGCUGAGUUGUCGCCAUCCUUGCGAAGCUCCCCGCCCUUCCAUGGCUGCUCGACGGCUACGCGAUCUCCGCCGUCGACCACCCAAUACGACAGUCUAUUAGGGUACCACAGCUACGCAGCCGGUAACGUUGAUGCUGGCGUGACGUCGCCAUCAACAAGAAACGGUGAUGCCGAAGCGGCGUCACAUUUCCGUCGCCAUGCAACGUCGCCCGCUUCAGCGUCGCCUGGCAACUCUCAGCCGCAGGUGCCUGAAUCCGAGUCCUACUACCCGUACCCGGCGCCGGCGCCGCCUGCUUCGCUCUCUCCGUCAUUCUCGCUACCCACCUACUCGUCCUACACCGCGUCGCACGCUUCCUCGUCUCUCUGCGACCCCACCGCGCUCUCCGCGCCGCUCGCUUCGAGGUCGCCUUCCGCGUCCUCCGCCACCUCCUUCCCGUCGUCGUCGUCGCCGCGACGACAUCCUUCCGCGUCGUCCUCGUCGGAAGCAGAGGAUCUCGGCCCCUCCGCGUGCCCUUUCCAAGCCAGCUUACUCUCCGCCUACGCGCCCUUCUCCGCGACGGUCAACGGAACGGUCAACGCGGGGGUCAACGGAUCGGUCAACGCGGCGGUCAACGCAGUGUCGCCGCUCGCAUCCUUUCCCGCUCGCCCCGCUAAAGCGCCGUUGGAGAGAACGAGUUCGGGGCCCAGCGGGCUGCGGGGGGGGCACGGCGCGGGCGGAAGCGGCGGGUCUUUCCCUGGGAUGGCGGAAGCGGGCGCGGGGAUCUGUAUCCGCGAGCUGCUGUCGACAAUUGUUACUGCGCACGACAUUUUCGCACGCGACAUGUCCCCGAACGGCCAUCAGGUAGCAGACUACCUAUUGUCGCAGCUGCUGCACCUCACUCGCUCCUCCGCUGGCUGCAUCUCCAGCGCCCUCCGCCGCCCCCGCGCCCGCAGCAGCACCAGCAAAAACAGCAACAGCAGCAGCGGCGGCGGCGGUGGCAGCAGAGAGGACGAGGAGUCGCUGUUUCUUCGGACGCACAGCAUCACCAACUUCGCGUGGACGCCGUAUCUCAAGGCGUGGUACGCGGACAACGCGGCCUCGGGAUUGGUGUUUGGCAACAUGAACACGCUCAUGGGCAAGGUGGUUACCACCGCUGACGUCAUUAUGAGCAAUGACGUGGCGUCGGAUCCGCGGUCGAGGGGAGUGCCGCCCGGGCACCCGCCGAUGACGACAUUCCUUGGCGUGCCGCUGUUCUCAGGCUCUCGUCUUGUCGGCAUGUUCGCAGUGACCAAUCGCGAGGGCGGCUACAGCAAGGCUCUAGUCACAGAGCUGCACGUGCUAACCAAGACAGUGGGGCAGGUUGUAGCGGGGAUACAGCAGCGGAGGCAGCGGUGGGAGCGUGAGGAGCGGUUGAACGCGGUGCUGGAGGGUACCUGCCAAGCAGUGCUGUCUGUAGCGCCCUCCGGCCGUCUUUCCUGCAUCAACCGCUCUGCUCGAAGCCUCUUUCGGGUUUCGGAUGAGGCCAUGGCUCCUCGCCCCUCCAAUUUGGGAGCAGCAGCGGGGACUGGAGCAAUGACGUCCGUUAGUCAACCGCUUGCGAGCCUGUGCGAAUCCGAGUUGGCACUAUCAGAGCUAAUUGAGACCAUCGAUGGGGAAACAGACUUCAUGCGACAGGAUGUGCUGCAGAGAUAUGCAGAAUCUGGAGAUGCCUUUCCUGCUGUAGGGCUGCGUCAGGAAGGCAGAUCCAGGCAUAGCGAUAGUAUCUCCCAAGGUCACAUGACUCAUGACACGUCAGCAGCAGGUGUCAGAAUGAACCUUCGUGUGGCAGUGACACGUAGCGAGACGUCACAGGUGGCAUUCGUGCUGACGGUGCAACUAGCAGAAGAACAAGAAGCAGCAACUAGAGGUGUCCACACGCAGUCUCAGACUGAAUAUUAUAAGACCUACCACCAUACAGCUUGUGGGCGUGCAGAAGGGAGUUGGAGAGGAGAAGCAGCAGACAGGGUUGGGGGUGGGGACGGGGAGGGCGAGGAGGAUGGGCAUGAGUGUCAGCUCCUCAUGUCAGACGAAGACGGGACGCUCACCAUCGUGGUGUGA